AUGGCGAAUAGAAAACUGGUGACUCCGUAUCAUCCGCUACGACUAAUCGACUGGUGUGAAGGUGAUAACAAAGUUGUCACGGAGCCAGAAGAUGUAAAGACAGCAGCGGCCUAUAAAAAACGAUCCUUACAAAAGUGGGAGGAGGUUAAAAAAUUGCGAUGCGAACCAAUUUUGAAUGAUUUGGAACGAAGUUUGAGUAUGACGACGCAGACUCCUAGCGUAUCUGAUAGGAUAAAAAUUUCAUUUGACCCGGCCGCCAAGUCGCCGACGUCAUUCCGACAGCGCUCGCAACAGUCGUGGCAUAAACAGCACCAGGAGCUACUGGAGGAAGCUGCGCAAAUUGGCAAUAGCAAGUCUUUUGUGCGAGAAAGAGACAGCAGUUCACCAGAGAGUCUUGCUGAAAAGCUGCUUAAAAAAGGCUACGGAUUAGGUUUUGGCAAGACCCAGGAAGAUGCAGCGCAAACGACAAAUGCUGAUUGGCGUUUAGAAGGCUCGAUUCAUGGUGAUAGAUCUGAGCCGGCGUUAGCAGAUACUAAUUUAACUCAUAAGGAUCGGUUGGUGUCAUUUUAUCGCAAAUAUAACCCCGACAAGUUAGAUACAGUCGAUAGAACACUGGAGGCAUACGAAAGUCGUGAGGAUAUUCUGUUCCAGAAGCUUUAUGAGCGUUACGUGUCCGUCGCUAGUCUAAAAGAUCGCAAGAAAAAGACUAUUUCAAAGGCGACCGACCCCACUGUAUAUAUGGAUAUAUCGAUUGCUGGCCUACCAGUCGGCAGAAUCAUCAUACGUCUGCUGAAAGAUAUAGUCCCGCUUACUUCGGAAAAUUUUAGAUGCCUUUGCACAGGUGAAAAGGGUGGCAUUCUCACAUACAAGGGCAGUAAAUUUCAUCGCAUUAUCAAAGACUUCGUGGUCCAAGGCGGAGAUUUCACCACGGGAAACGGUACUGGUGGCCAAAGUAUUUAUCGCGGUACAUCGCAUGGUGAUCUUUGGGGAAACUUUAAGGAUGAAGGUUUCUUGCCGCAUGAUGACGUGGGCUUGCUAUCUAUGGCUAAUGCUGGUAAAAAUACAAACGGCUCACAGUUUUUCAUUACGACGAAGGCGGAUCUCAAGAAUCUCGACGGAAAACACGUCAUAUUCGGCGAAGUCAUUGAAGGUCUCGAUGUCGUGGAUGCGAUGCAAAAUGUCAAAGUGAGUAAGGAUAAUAAGCGUCCUCUUUCAGAAAAUGAAGUUGAAAUCGUGGAUUGCGGGGAGUUGUAG